AUGUUUACCAGAAAACGUCCCCUGUCAGACAAGUGGUUCUGGAAACAGUAUGACCCACAUUCCGAUGAUUUCAGCAAGCCGUCAGUAGAAGGUGACCGCGAUUCUCUGACCGGGAGCUGGAAACCUUGUAAAUCCUUCCCAUCCGAGAUCUACGUCGAACUUUUGGCUAUUGGACGGAUACCCGACCCAUUUAUAGGGUUUAACGAACACGCGGUUCAAUGGGUAGCUGAUACAGAAUGGCUCUACGCAUGUCUCUUUGACUUGGAGGACUUUACAGCCAUUGCUCAAAAUGAUCUUGCUUCCGAGAUAACGUUUGAAGGCUUGGACACUAUUUGCGACGUGUACUUGAAUGGCAAGGCAGUGCUACAUACAGAUAAUAUGUUCAGACAAUACUCGCUACGACUCGUGCCCGCCAUAAACGGUGCCAAAGCGCACGCUAAUCUUCUCGUUCUUCAUUUCCGCUCGGCUAAGCGAGUAGCGAAGCAAUUAGAGGCUCAGUAUGGGGCCGUCAGGGCCGGGUCAUGCAAUCUAGGGGAUCCCUCAAGGGUCUACAUAAGAAAAGCCGCAUAUCACUUUCGGUGGGAUUGGGGCCCAGAGCUAAUUGGGGCUGGUCCGUGGAAACCGGUUACAUUGACGACAUUUGCAGCACGAAUCACCGAGGCGCAAAGUUCUGCUUGCGUCGAGCUUGCUACUCAAGAAUCUCUCCUGGCGAUUACAACGAGGGUCGAGGUAGUCAAAGCGGAAGGACUCCUUGUUAGGGCGUGCCUCCUAGAUGAUAAUGGGCACACCGUGCGUAUAGAAGAGUGCGCUCUGUCACCGCACGAAUGUCGACUUGUCGACAUGGAAUGGAAAUUCCCCUCUGGAAGGAUUCGGCUAUGGAACCCCUGUGGAUAUGGCGAAGCCUACCUAUACCGCUUACAAAUCCAACUUCUACAAGGGGAGCGCUGCAUCGAUCAAAUCACUCGGCGGAUUGGGUUCCGAGACAUUCAGCUGCUCCAGAAUCCGCUUCUCAGCGCUCCUGGAACAACGACAAACGCGCUGAGUACUCUUCAAGGUUCUAAUUGGAUCCCAGGAGAUUGUUUCCUGACUAAAAUGACGCAUGGUCGUUAUUUCUCCUGGCUAAAUCUACUCAAGAGUGGCAACCAGAACUGCAUAAGAGUAUGGGGAGGUGGCAUAUACGAAUCAGACGCCUUCUAUGAUAUUUGCGAUGAGUUGGGCAUUCUGGUUUGGCAAGACUUUGCCUUUGCCUGCGGUGUUUAUCCCGCACACAAAGAAUUUAUGGACACAGUCAGCGAGGAAGCUCGAGAUAAUCUGAAACGAUUGAGGCAUCAUGCUUCCCUUGCGGUGCUUUGUGGAAAUAAUGAAGACUACCUGCAGAUCAAGAUGUGGGGUGUCAAGGGAGGUCUUCCAGCAGUCGUGAUCUACGAGGGGCUACUCCCGAAGCUAGUCAAAGAGCUGACUUCGCCUUGUAUUCCUUAUGUGUACGGAUCACCCUAUGGAGGAGAGGGUGAUGACACCUCAGAUCCUACUAUCGGGGAUGUGCAUCAGUGGGAUGUCUGGGCAGGUAAAGGGGAACCUUUCCAAGAUUUCGAUAUCCUUGGUGGUCGAUUUAUUUCUGAAUUUGGCGUACCCUCGCUGCCAUGCUUUCGCACUGUUGAAGCAUUCUUUUCGUCAAAUGACACCUCGGAGCGCUUUCCACAGUCCACUGUAAUCCAGCAGCACACUCGCGCAGGCUCAUACGAAAAACGCUUUGCCGUGCUCAUGAACGAGAAUUUCAGAAUGACAGGCGAUCUCGAAAGCUACAUUUAUCUUACCCAGCUCAUGCAGAGUGAAGCGUUGGGUUUCGCCUACAGGGUAUGGCGCAGGAAUUGGAAAGGGGAAGGGCAUGAAGAGACUGCUGGUGUUCUUGUGUGGCAGCUGAACGAUUGUUGGCCGGUCACAUCGUGGGCUAUAUGCGACUACUUUUUACGACCGAAACCAGCUUACUUUAGCAUCUCUCGUGAACUCAAGCCCCUAACUGUGGGAAUCCAACGCACAGUUGCUAAGAAUCGUACAAACGAUCGCCCUCGUGCAUUUUACGAGUUUGGUGCCUUCCAAUCGGUUGCGGCUACUCUGGAUAUCUGGGCUUCAAAUUUUACUCUGACUAGACAGAACGUCCGAUUGGAACUACAUGGCUAUGAUCUGCAGUCAGACUGGACAUAUCGGCACAUCCAAGACCUUCUCUUGGAGCCAAAUUGUAGUCGAGAUGUGAUAUGUGGAAUGGCGUGCCCUCACGGAGGGAUAGAGGGCACUAUACCUACGCCUUCACGGUCGGUCGUCAUGGCUGCUACUCUACGAGACCAGGAUGGUCGGGUCGUCUCUCAAUGUGUUGAUUGGCCUCAGCCAUUCAAGUUCAUCCAACCUCAAGACCCACGAUUAACGGCUGUCUUGCGACAGAAUGUCUUGGAAGUGCAGGCCGAACGGCCUGUCAAGGGACUGUUCCUGAGUGUCGACGGAGGUGAGGACGACGUCAUUUGGAGUGAAAACGGCCUAGAUAUAGUGCCGGUCAAUCUGGUGGUCGAGGUGGCUUUAGUGGACGCGGAGGUCGAGGCGGGCUGGGUGCAAGAGGUCGAGGUGGUCCGCCUGCCCGAGGAGGUGCUCGAGGAGCCAGCCGGGGAGGUGCAAGAGGCGGAGGACGAGGCGCACGAGGCGGGGGCCGAGGUAGAGGCGGAAAACCUGCAGGAAGAGGUGCAAAAGGCGGCUCAAACGUUACACGCCGGUAUAUUUGUCGCAAAAGGCAAAGAACAAUUACUCGUCACCAAGAAUCUCGUACCUGGGGAGUCGGUAUAUGGCGAAAAACGUAUAGCAAUCGAGGGUCCCAAAGAUGCAGAUGGGACUGCGGCAAAGACUGAAUAUCGUGUCUGGAAUCCUUUCCGAUCCAAACUGGCUGCAGGGGUGCUCGGUGGUCUCGAUAACAUCUAUAUCGCUCCAGGCAAAAAGGUACUAUACUUAGGGGCGGCGAGUGGCACUAGUGUCAGCCAUGUCGCCGACAUUGUGGGUCCCGAAGGCGUUGUUUACGCCGUCGAGUUCUCUCACAGGAGUGGGCGAGAUCUCAUCAACAUGGCGAAGAAGCGAACCAAUGUCAUUCCCAUUGUCGAGGAUGCGCGACAUCCAGCCAAGUAUCGCAUGCUACUGUCCCUCGUCGACGUCAUCUUCUCCGAUGUCGCUCAGCCAGAUCAAGCGCGGAUAGUUGCACUCAACGCCGACUAUUUCUUAAAAAAUCAGGGCCACGCUGUGAUUUCCAUCAAAGCCAACUGUAUCGACUCAACAAUGCCAGCAGAACAAGUUUUUGCCAACGAAGUGCAACUACUCAAAACAAUGAAAUUCAAGCCGAUGGAACAGCUGACAUUGGAGCCGUACGAGAGAGACCAUGCUAUGCUCUGUGCACGAUACGAGCGUAAUGCUUAA